AUGCACGGGCGAGGCAGGGUAGGGAAGCCGAGGAAGGUCCUGCGGUUUACAAGCCCACACGGGGGUGGGGUGGGUGACGACGAAGGGAAACUGUUCCAGCUUCAAGGAAAAAUCCAAACGUGCUCCUGGGUCCACGCUCAACCGUCCCACGCCUUCAGCCUCCUGUUGUCCUCGGGCUGCUGGACGGCCACUGCUGCUCUGCUCGUGUGUCCGGCUCCUAGAGAAAUCCUGCUGCUGCAGCGAGCUGGUUUCACACCUGCUCAGCACACACUCCCUCCCUCCCUCCCAGUCCACCAAGCUCCUGCGCCACGGUUGCACCUCUGCACCAGAAAAAAGCCAGUUCUCUUUGAUUUUGGAUGCUGGCAGAUUCGAGAUGGGAGCAUUCUCCCUACGUUUUGGGAGGUCAUCAGCGACGAGCAUGGCAUCGACCCCACUGGCAGUUACCAUGGCGACAGCGACUUGCAGCUGGAGAGGAUCAACGUGUACUACAAUGAAGCCGCUGGUAACAAGUAUGUGCCCCGGGCCAUCCUGGUGGAUCUGGAGCCGGGCACCAUGGACUCGGUCAGGUCUGGACCCUUCGGCCAGAUCUUCAGGCCCGACAACUUUGUGUUCGGUACGUAGCCACGACCCCUGGGCGCUGGCUCCGCGGGUCUCCUUCCUCCCCAGCCCCGUGGGGCUCACAGCUCUCCCGGCUCAAGGCCGAGGUGGACACCGUGUGUCCACAGGGAGCCCUCGGCCCUGACGUCACGGCCCCGGGCCCGGAGCUGCCCCUCGUCCAGCCCCUCUCAGUGCAGCCCAAAGGCCGGGUCACCUGCAGGGGCUGCCUCGGCCCCGCCCCCAGAGCAGCCUGGGAGGGGCUUGGAAGGAAGAGCCAAGGAGAGCUUCCCAGAGCAGGUGGCUGGUCCUUCGAGAGAAGCAGUGAGAAGCAAGUGCUUCUAGAGGCCCAGGCCCGAGGCCCA